GGCGCGCGCUCCCCGGGGCGCCCUCGCGCUCCCCCGCCCGCCGCAGCCUCUGCGGAGACGCCAGGCCGGGCAGCGCAGAGCCGCGCAGCGCUCCCGCCAAGCCGCCGCGCCGCGCCCUCCUGCCCGCGCCGCGCAGCAUUCAUUCGCGGACCGCGGAGCUGCGGGCGGGUGGCUGGCGACGUCGCUCUCCGGCCCGGCUCGGGGCGGACGCGGGAGAGCUUCUCUGGGGCUGCCGGCGCCUCGCUGGGAAGCCCCCCUCCCGCCUCCGCCGCCUGGGAACGCGAGGCGGCGUCGCCGCCCCUGCCCCUGCCCCUGCCCCUGCCCCUGCCGCGGGGAUGCUGGGCGGCUAGGACGGGGGCCGAAGCCGGGUCUGCAGCGCCGGGGGCAGGCAGGGCCCUCGCGCCUCCCCGCGCGGCUCGGCCGGGUCAACUCUCUCGCCGAGGCGUAUUCUCAACGCCAGUCCACGACAGGGUGCGGGAUCAUCUCCUGGUUUCUUGUCGGUUCCGGAGUCCCAGUGGAAGAGGCACGAUGCUGAGCUUCCUGCUGGGCACCUUCCUUCCAGCCCUGGUCCUGGCAGCGCCACCGCCCAUUAACAAGCUGGCCCUGUUCCCAGACAAGAGUGCCUGGUGUGAAGCCAAGAACAUCACGCAGAUCGUGGGCCACAAUGGCUGCGAGUCCAAAUCCAUCCAGAACAGGGCCUGCUUGGGCCAGUGUUUCAGCUACAGCGUUCCCAACACCUUCCCCCAGUCCACGGAGUCUCUGGUGCACUGCGAUUCCUGCAUGCCUGCUCAGUCCUUGUGGGAAAUUGUGACACUGGACUGCCCCAGCAACGAGGAUAUCCCCCGCGUGGACAAACUGGUGGAGAAGAUCCUCCACUGCAGCUGCCAGGCUUGCGGGAAGGAGCAAGCCCUCUACCAGAAUAAUGAGGACAACCUUCCCAGCCACCCCCAACAGGAGGUGGACGAGGCCCCCGCCCACCACCACCACCACCAGCAGCAGCACCACCACCGCCAACAGGAAGAAGAGGCCGAGGAGUGAGCGCCGGCCUCCCGGGACUGUCCCCUUCAGCGGAGGCUGGGGCACCUGCCCUUUCUCUCCAGUACCCAUCAUGCUUUGCUCGUAGCCAUUCUGCUGUCGGGGAAGGGGCUGAGUGGAAGCGGAAACUUUACUGGGGCAUGACUGGCACAGGGACAGAACGGCAGCCGCUGAGAGAAUGGGGGGGGGGGCUGGGGGUGUUUGAAUAUGAGAAAUUGCACGUGGUGGUAAUAUAUUGGGAGGGAGAGGGAGAGAUUCGGUGGGGGAGGGUUUGGUGGUGCAGGUCUUUUUGCUUACGGCCCAGGCGGCUCUUAGCUGUCAACUGAUGACUGAUGCUCCAUUGCUCUGAGGACUUUUUCCUGGCGGAGACCCGCUGACUUUGAUCACUGCUGUUGGGAACUGAGACGGGGAGCCAAAGUGGGUGGCGUGUGAUGCGUCCCAAAGAGGUGCCUCCCCUUGAUGCCCGCUGCAGAGAAAAGAGAAGCCUGCCGUGUAUCUUCUGUCCUCCGUGCUGGGGGCACUACAUUUCUUCUCAAAAGGGAGUUGUGGAAAAAGAACAUUUCCUUCUCUUGAAAGAUGUUUGUUCCUCAGCUAUGGAACUUAAAACUCUCAAACGCUACGUUUAUGUUUGGGGCAUGUCUGCAUUGCAGACUUGAAAUGGUUUGAUGCUGGUUCCUUUUGCUUAGGGAAAUUUGGAACUGUAGUUCUAGGCGGGGUCGGAGACACCAGUGGAAAAUUUCUUGAGGACGAGAGUGGUUGUUAACCAGUUUAAAUCUGUCAUGGAGACCUGCCCUCCGAAUUCCCCGCUUUGGGGGUGUAACACCUCCAUCUGUUGGAAUGUACGUCUGAUUUUUCAAAAAUA